AAAGCUUUUUUUUCCUCGACGAAAAAUGGUUAUAAAAGCAUAACCCUGAAUCAACAAUUCUCAUCAGUACCAACUCUUCUUUCUCUGAUCAUCACAUUAUUCUCUCUUUUUCUUCACUUUUCUAUCGACAAAUACCAAUACCCCUUCCGAUAACAUGGGUCAUGAAUGGAUCGAUGCAGAGAGGGAGUUCAAAUGGAGCGAGGAUGUCAAAGUUGAAAGUGAAGUGACUGAGAUCGUUCUUGUUCGCCAUGGAGAAACCACUUGGAAUGCUGCCGGAAGAAUCCAGGGACAAAUUGAAUCAGACCUUAACGAGGUUGGACUAAAGCAGGCUGUUGCAAUCGCUGAGAGGUUGGGAAAAGAGGAAAGACCUGUAGCUGUGUAUUCAUCAGACCUCAAACGAGCCAAAGACACUGCUCUUAUGAUCGCCAAAACUUGUUUCUGUCCCGAGGUGAUCGAAGUACCUGACUUAAAGGAGAGGCACGUGGGUAGUCUCCAAGGCCUGUAUUGGAAAGAAGGAGCAGAGAAAGAACCUGAAGCUUACUCUGCCUUUUUCUCUUCCCAAAACGACCUCGAGAUUCCGGGAGGAGGAGAGAGCUUUGACCAACUUGCUGAUAGAUCCAUGGAUGCUCUUGAGCAAAUUGCUAAGAAGCACAAAGGAGAGAGAGUGAUAGUGGUGACUCAUGGAGGAGUGUUGAGGGCAAUUUACUUAAGGAUCACACAAGCUUCCUCUGCCGGAAAACUCUUGAAUGCUUCAGUGAAUGUGGUUCAUCUCCGUGAUCAAAAAUGGAUCAUCGAUUCGUGGAGCGAUGUAUCACAUCUAUCAUCCGUUGGAUUUCUUCAACGUGGCUUUGAUGGAGACGCCAAGCCCUAGAGAACCUCCUCAUUCAUAUCUUGUGUCGAUCUAUAAAGACUUCUAUAAAUAAGUAUCUAUUUAUCUUGAUGUUUCUGUGUGCUUUACUUAAGAUGCGUAAUCUUCUUGUUGAUCAAUUCCUAUCAUCUUGUAAUUUGUAUUACUCUAUUAAUAAGAGAUUUUCAUCUUUACUUGUGAUGGUAUCGACAACUUAUAAUGAGACUUUAUU